GGCAUUGACCUCCGUUUUCUCGCCCUCCCUGCGACGGACCAAACGAAGAACUGGGUCCGCCAGCUUCCUCUCAUUUCACUCCGAUCGCCGCCGUCGAUCUCCCCACGCUGACAGCACUCACUCACAGGCACAGCCACUCCUCCGCCGCCGCCGCCGCCGCCUCGUCCUCCUCCCGAUGGCCCCCGGAGCCACGGCGGCCCUAGGGCUCUUCCUGCUCCUCGCGAUCUCCUCCGCCGCCGCCGCCGCCGCCGCGACCUCCGUCGCCCCGAUCGUCGGCCUCGACACCUUCCUGAGCGACCAGUACCGCCGCGACCCGCAGGCCGCCAACGACUCCUUCCUCGCCCUCCCUUCGUCCCUCAAGUCCUCCCUCUCUGUCCAGCCCUACCCCGGCGGCGGCGGCCAGCAACCCCGGCACCUGAGCCGCCUCGUCGACGCCCUCUCCGCCCUCUCCCUCGCCGUCCCCGUCCACGUCCGCCUCGUCGGCCCCUCCUUCCCUCCCGACUCCUCCUCCCUCCUCUCCUCCUUCCUCUCCGCCUCACUCCCCUCCGGCCACUUCCACGUCAUCGCCCCCUUCUCCCCCUCCGGCGGCGGCCGCCCCUCCCACCGCCUCUCUCUCCGCCACUCCCUCCACCUCGACGUCUCCCAUGCCCCUUCCUCCCUCUCCUCCUCCCUCUCCGACGCCCUCCGCGCCGAGAUCGCCAAGUCCCCCUCCUCCCUCCGCUCCCCGCUCCUCUCGAUCCCGCACGCCGCCGUCGAGGCAGUCCGGCAAGAUUUCGAGAGGGAGAAGCCCGUCGAGGGGGUCUAUGUCUAUUUCCUCGACCUUGGCACGCAGGAGAAGCCGUACGCGUACGGCUACACGCCGGGGGAGUCUUCCCCGGGGUUCACGAAAUGCCUGGGCAGCAUUUGGACCGGGAGGGAGAGGUACGUCUGGAUCGAUUUGGCGGCGGGGCCGGUCGAUUAUGGGCCCGCGUUGUCCGGCGACGGGGUCUUGCCGCGGGGCGAGUUCCAUCCCCUCGCGGCGCUGCACGGUCGGCCCAAGUCGCACAAGGCGCUCCACGCGGACUUGGCAUCUCUGGUCUGGAGCGCAUACCAGGUACUCGUUGUGCCUUCUCUGCAAAUUCCGGUCCCUUUCGAGAACUCCUUGAUUGUUCAGUUUAUACAUGUUUAUAGCUCGGAGAGUAGGGAUUCGAGUGGUUUGGACUGGAAGAAUAUUGAGAGGGUGUUCAGGGAUGAGGUGAAUGAUGGCGGGUUGUUGCUGGGUGAUCAGUCUUUGAGCUUUAAGGAGUAUUCGGUGAACUAUAAGGACUGUCCGAUUUGUUCGUUCGCGAUUUCAAGAGCUACGAAUUCGUACACUUCCAGGUUCUUGUUUGAUAAUUAUACUCUGAUCGUGAAUGAGUACCUGGACUCAAAGCGUUUGCAUCAGAUAUUGACUGAUUCGGCUGACGAGUUUAGGAGGUUGGCAGGGUUCCCUGAGGAGGAUUUUGGCAGGGUGCUUCCUGUCUAUGUGUUUGAUUUGGAAAUAAACACUCUCUUGUUGCUUGACCGGUAUCAUCAAUCUGUUUCUUUUAAGGAUAUGGUGAUCGCAGUGAGGACGAAGAUUACACAGACGGUGAGUGAUUACAGUUGCAAUGGCCGUCAUGUUUUUGCUCAGACGAGGGAUCUCGAGCGGCCUCUAGUCGGUUCUAUCUUGCAGAGCAUGUGGGGAGUUUCACCUACCCAUCUGUUAUGGAGCUCGAGGCAUAAUAACACUCUGGUGGACUAUACUUGGAGUGUUGGGCAGACACCAUUCGGGCCAUUCUCGGAGAUCUCGUCUUUGUCGUUCGUCCAAAAGGAUGCAGCACGGAGAAAUGUCCUCCUAACAUCUUUGAAUUACAGCAUAACUAGUGCUAUCGAUGUUCUUGAAUCCAUAAUGUCGCAUGGCGGGGACAGAAAUCUUCUUAAAUUUAAUCGACAUGCCGAAUUCAUACAAAGAUGGAAUUUGUUCAAGUACAAGCUGGACAAAGCUGUUUCUGCAUUGUCGCAUUUUGAUUUCGAGAUGGCUUUGUACUACUUGAGGUCCUCCGAUCACGAUCUUUAUGGCGUCCACUCACUCGUUUAUCAUGCAUCACAAGAACUUGAGGCAUCUCUUGUUUGCUUUAAGGAUCCACCUCUUCCGUGGGGUUCGAUGUCAAUUUCUGCGGGGGCUGUGUUUGCUUUCCUUUAUGUCUGGAAUAAACGCGAUAGGAUCUUUAGGAAUAAAAGAAAGCAGUUUUGAUGAUACUGGGAGAAGCAGGACAGACAUGUAAAAAAGAACGGAAGCAAUACAAACACUUGUAUUUCAGCGUGACAGCAAAUUUGAGAGGUCAGCAGCCAGUGGUUUAGUUUUCUUAGAACAUUUAGUUUGAGCUUCCAUCUUAAUUUGAGACUCAACUGUUCUUUUUUUUUUUUUUUGAUAGCAACCUUCAGUUGUUCUUGAUAUAUUGUAACUUACCGGAUGAUAAUUGCAGUAAACAUAACUGCUGAGCUUGAAUUAUUUUUUAUGUGUAAACUGCUUUUAGUUUUCGCUUUA